CACUACGCUUCCGAUGGGCUCGCGUGCAGUGUAAAUAGGACGCAUUAGAGUGUCGCGUCACUGUCAGGGUAGACGGGCCGUUACAAUGUUUGUUUAUUAGAAGAUUCGAAUAGGAUUGUGGUUUAAUCUCUUAAUCGUCAUGGUUUAGAUCAGGUUCUGGAUGUCAGUUUCAUUUCGUUUAUUGUUGCAGCUCUCUUUCGAGCGUGUUCAGACAUGCUCAUGUCCCUUUAUGAGACGCUGGCUGUAUAGUAGGGAUUUCAGUGCGUCCAUAUUAUCUGUUCAUAAGGCGUGGUUUUUUUUUUGGUGGUUUUUUUUUUUUGGCCGCACAUUGCGGGCUGGAGUAUAAAGUAGCCUAGAAGCGCGCAUGGCAUGGGGAAACUGAACUUUGCUGUUUGAGCUGACAGGUUCUGGAGUUCUAGUGUGUCGAUAAAUUCUCGUUUCGAAUCAAGACGAUGGCUGAACAUUGCGGAAACAAUGGAAAACAAGCCUUUGAUAAACCUAAGGGCCAGUUUGCUUUGACUGCUUUGAGUUUAAAAGAAUUCAACAUGUAGAUUUCCAAGGCACCUGAAGUUGAACUACAUGUGCAUCUUGACGGCGCUAUCCGCAUAGAGACCAUUAUAGAUGUGGCAAGGAGGCGAGGAAUCACUCUACCUAAAAGCACUGAGGCUGAAAUGAGAGACCUGUGCACAGUGAAAGAGCCGUCCACGCUCUCAGUAUUCCUUGGCAAAUUCAGUCACUUCAUGCAUGCCAUUGCGGGUGACAGAGAGGCCAUCAAGAGGAUAGCUUAUGAGUUUGUAGAGACAAAGGCCAAAGAGGGAGUGAUCUAUGUUGAAGCACGAUACAGCCCUCAGCUCCUGGCCAACAAAGGAGUGGAUCCUCUACCGUGGGGCCAAAAAGAAGGGGACGUCACUCCAGAGGAUGUGGUUCGCCUGGUUAAUCAGGGCUUUAGCGAGGGGGAGAAAGCCUUCAAAAUCAAAGCCAGGUCCAUUCUGUGCUGCAUGCGUCACAUGCCAAAUUGGUCUAUGGAAGUGGUCGAGCUAUGUAAGAAGUAUAGCAAUGAGGGAGUCGUGGCUGUAGAUCUAGCUGGAGAUGAAUCAAUGAACUGUGAGGCAUGUCCAGGACACAAGAAAGCAUUUGAGAAAGCAGUCAUAUAUGCAGUCCACAGAACAGUGCAUGCGGGCGAAGUGGGCCCUCCCUCUUCUGUGAGAGAAGCUGUAGACGUUCUGAAAGCAGAACGUAUUGGACACGGCUACCACACGUUUGAAGAUGAAGCACUGUACAAACGACUGCUUAAAGAAGACAUGCAUUUUGAGAUGUGUCCUGUUUCUAGUAGACUGACAGGAGCUUGUAACCCAGACUUCAAGAAACAUCCUCUCAUCAGAUUCAGGGAGGACAAAGCCAACUACUCCUUAAACACAGAUGACCCCAUGAUCUUCAACUCCACCUUGAACUCAGAUUAUCAGGUGGUGCUGGAAGACAUGGGCUUCACUGAAGAGGAAUUUAAGAGACUGAACAUAAAUGCAGCUAAGUCCUGCUUCCUUCCUGCAAAGGAGAAAGAGGAGCUUGUUAAUCAACUUUAUGAGGCCUAUGGCAUGCUGAAUAGCACCGGCUUUUGAUAAACACUGUUGUAAACAACUAUGCAGCGUGCAGAGCCUUUCAGAAUGUUUGCCUUAACACAAGUGAAUGUGCGCCCUAAUUCCAUGAAACUUACCUCUCAGAAAGCUGGAGAACUAUAAUACUAACUAUAAAACUAAAAUAUUUGUGACCUCAUUGAAGAUCUAAUAAGUCAACUUUGAUAUUUAUAUGUAAAUAUGCAAUUUAUCAACAUACAGUAAAUGUUACAUUUACCACAUUUAUAUUCCACUAGCCACUGUCCUUAGCAUACUGGGUACAACCAAAUGCUGUUGCCUUUUAUCUGCAUGGAAAUGUUUUCAUCAAGCAUUGUAAUGUCUAUAGCCUUAGUAUGAAACAUAAAAUAUUACUCAAUGUAUAUACAUAAGCUUAAUCCACAAUACUUCACAUUCAUAUCAGUAUACACAGAUUACGCACACAAAAUGCAAAAUUAAGAAAGAACUUUGCAUUCUUUUGCACCUAGUUUUUCAAAAUCAUCAGCAUCAUCUUAAGAUGUGCACCAUGUAUGAAAAUGCAUAAAAAGUGCAUUAUAUAUAUGGUGCUUGUGUGAUAUUUGCAUUUUGUGUGUGUAUAUAUAUAUAUAUAUAUAUAUAUAUACACACACACACACACACAAUAUACAAAAUGCAAAUAUCACAUAAGCACCAUAUAUAACUAUUUCAAGUGUUUCAUAUCAUAAAUGUACCCUGAGGUAUAAUAACCAUCAUGUUCAAAUGCAAAACUCCUAUACGUGUUGUGUUCCUUUUUUCAAACACCAGAGGGCAUUUACCAGUACGUAAAAGAAGUUGAUUAAUUCAGGAAUUGCUAUUUCAUAUUUUAAAUGUUUGACGUUUUGGACUUAACCACACUGCAGUGAACAAUAACAAUUGAUGUGUCAGGUUUUACAUUUAGUGUAAUAUUAUGUGAACUGCAUAAAAAAACAAAAACAAAUAGGGACUGGGAAUGUUAGGAAGAAAGGGAUUGUGUGCUUUGUCACUUGCUGUACAGUAGAAGAUCAAUACAGAUAAUUUUGCAUCUGAAA